AUGGUUGCCCACAGACGCGGCCCAUGGUCGCAGCACGAGGACCAGUGGCUCGUCAACCUCGUCGCCCGUAAUGGACCUCACAACUGGGUGCGCAUCUCACAAGAGAUCGGCUCAAGGUCACCAAAGCAGUGCAGAGAACGCUACCACCAGAACCUGAAACCAACACUAAACCACGACCCCAUCACCGGUGAAGAGGGAGAGCUCAUUGAGAAGAUGGUCGCUGAGAUGGGUAAGAGGUGGGCUGAGAUUGCACGGAGGUUAAAGGGACGCAGCGACAACGCAGUGAAGAACUGGUGGAACGGCGGCCAGAACCGACGAAAGCGCAACCCUGAACGUCCAGACCAGAGAUCUCGCGAGCACAUGCACCAUUCUCAGAAUGGCUACCACUACCCCUCUCACAGCCUCCCCCAUCACGAAGAGCACCGCAUGGCCUCAUACCAGGACUCACGCAGGCCAUCUCUCAGUUCUUCGAUGAACUCACCCCAUUCACUCAAACUACCUCAACCCCAGCGCUUCGAGCCUUACCCAGGAUCGCGACCGCAACCCCUCGACAUCUCAUCUUACGGAUCUCACGCAAGUGUACGAGCCCGGGGAUUCGAGACACCUAUGCCUUCACCAUCUGGCUACUCCAUCGUCUCAGCUGACGGCGCUCCUUCCCUCAUCACUGACACCGGCUCAGAGUCGAGGUCACCACGCGGCGCUGCCUCCCCCAUGGACAUUACACUUGCUCCACUUGUAGGUCGCCGGGACGAGCGCAAGAACUCAUGCACACGCUACCUCCCAGCCACUGGCUUUGCACCCGAGGAUGACUCCUCCCACAACCAAUACAGGCGACGAGGCUCACUUCAGCUGCCACCUCUUUACCGCAACGAGCCCCAGGCACCUACUGCAGCGCCCUCUUUCCGGGAGCCCAGCUACGAGCGACCCCAGCCUCCUCAACUCCUCACACAGCCAACACCCCAGCUGACCCACCACCACUCCAUGCCUCACACUGCGCCAACAAGCGUUCCACAACGGUCUCUCCCUCCCUUCCACUCAAUAACCGAGCCAACGCUCUCCCUACCACAAUCAUCGAGUGCGGCCACCAGCCCAGCAGCCCGGCAACUACCAUCGCCGUAUAUGCUGCCUUCGAUGAUGUCAGAGGCCAAGAGCGCACCCGUGUCGCCCAAGGACAGGAUGUCCCUGCGAAACAUCAUGUAGACGUCAAUCAUGUUCCGUGUCAUUCACCGUACCCCUUCUUGUUCAUACGCGCACGUUUCGCAUUACAUACUUCUAUUAAUGGUCGAAAUCAACCAUCGACACUUCACUUGCCGCAUCUAUUUCCCAUUCGGCCGUUUGUUUUACAUUGAACCAAAAAGGGAAGCUUUAUACACGAUUUUCAGGAUACCCCAUGUAGCAUUUAUGUAAAAGAGAGGGGGAUGAGGAACAUCAACAUGUAUCUAUUUUGGUCCACUGGGCCUGUUUUGUAUCGCGCCUGCCGAAAGUGGUUACAAUCCAGCGUUACUUGAGACUUUUGACGGGUCAACUCCGAACACUGCGACAAGCUGUCGUUUGUGAUAAUACCCACUUGUGCGAGAGCACCUGCAUUCGCCUUGUCGCGAUGCUAAUGAAAUACGAUCUUCAUCAAA